GCGAACCACACUGCGUCACUGUGAUAAAAGCCGCUCUGCACCCACUCCGUCCACUUCCUCUCUCUCUCUCCUACCGUCGCCUUCCACUUUCCCCUCUCUCUCUCUCUCCGCCGCCGCCGACGCCGACGAUGGCCUCCAGCCGCUGGGUCCGACCGGAGGUGUACCCGCUGUUCGCGGCGAUGGGCGUGGCCGUCGGCAUCUGCGGCUUCCAGCUCUUCCGCAACAUCACCGGCAACCCCGAAGUCAGGGUUAACAAGGUAGGGAGGGCAGCUGGAGUGCUCGAGAACCAUGAGGAGGGAAGGCGCUACGCAGAGCAUGGGCUAAGAAACUAUGUGCGCGACAAGACCCCUGAGAUCAUGCCAGCUAUCAACAAGUUCUUCACUGAGCCAACAAAAUGAUGAAGGAAUUUAGUUGGUUGUUGAUUGCUCUGCUAUUAGUUACUAUUGCGGAUUGAUUUAAUGGAUUUUACCCAUUUCAAGCAUUACAUAUGUUGUCUCAUCCAUAAAUCGGAGGACAUCAAAUGCCUCUUGUUGGAAGUUACCAUAUGUGUUUGUGGUCAAUGACUAGUCAAAUGUUCUAAUACUAUUUGUCUGAUGAUUGAUGAGUGUUACAUUACCCUGCUUGAUUCUCUA